AUGUCCUACGAAUAUCGAUGUCUCAUGCGCCGCCGCCUCGAGCUGUACCACGACCUCUUGACAGAACAGCUGAGGCCUAGGAUCGAGGCUGCCGCUGCCGCUGCCGCUACCACUGAUGCCACCACCGACCACCCAGACUCCGAUACAGACCAGUGUAUAGACGAUGACGUUGAUAACACUGACGACACCGACGAUUCCGACGAGGAUCUGUGCGAGUGGGAGCACGCCGAGAACAGUUCAUCCGAGGAAUCGUAUGCCCGUGUUACUCAAUGGCGUUGUGGGCUUGAGAGGAACGGCAUUUGGGAGGAUGAUGCUUCGGACCAUGGCGAGAACGACGAGAAACGAUCGGAUCAAGUGGAAUUGGAGCAACAAGAUGACAGAGUUUCUACCACCACAGAAGUUCACCAGUUUGAGCAUACUGACAAGGGCAAGGCUAUGGAUACGAGUGUACACUAUUCAGGAGGACCUUUAACACCACUCUCGGCGGCAUUCGCAUUGGAUUACAUCACCAAGGGCAAAGAGCAAGGACAUAUGGACGAUGGGAAAAACACAUUCAGCGGUCCAGAAACCACAAAGAGGGAAGGGGACAACACUGCAAGGCCUCAACAGAUGGCAUCCGGCUCGGAACCAUCAAAGGACGACUCGCCAGACAAGUUCACCACACCACCCAGCUCUCCUUGCCGCGAGUAUUCCGUCACUGCAAGCCCAAUAUCCACGGACGAGCGCAACCACCCAACAUCCCACAGGCAACCCAACCUCACCUUAUUUAUGCCCAUAAACUCGAGGCUUUUUCAGUUACCCCGUCGUUCCAAAUCUCUACCGUUAUUGAACCUCCUCCCCUCCCACUGCCCACCCACGCCACCCCCCGACACUUCCUCCUCAGCCGCUUCUACGUACUCGCUAAGGCCCUUUACCGUCACCCCAGCAGAACACAGAUUUUUCAACAGACACAUCGAACAAGUCGAGUACAUGAUCAGAGGAAUCGACUAUCAGUUUCAAAUGCAGGAGUACCGGAAUGAGAUCCGACGACAGAAUCGGCGGAGCAGGAGACGGGCGGAGGUGGAGGAGAGGAUGAGAGAGAUUGAAUGCAGCAACAGGAUGCCAUCAGAGGACUGGAGCUGUAACAGCGUUGGUUUCGGUGAGGCGCAGUGGACUGAGGGAGCAACAGAGGAGACACAACAUCAGAGCUGGGAGAAUGAUGCUGUUUCUCCGCAAUCGAAUUCGGCUGGCUUGCAGGGUGAUGAAUCUGCGGACACCGAACGGGAGGGUACUACCAAGCCCAUAUUAUAUAGGCAGGGUGAUUGGGGAGAGACCUAUGGUACAGACGGACACGAAGACGAUGUUGAUUCUGUUUGGCCCGAUGGAGCUGGGGAGGAUGAUGGCUGUGAGACUGGAUGGGGUAGUGCUUGGUCGGCCACACAGUUGGAACCCGAAGAGAAAAUUCAGCUUCACCAACCUACCAACCCAAGCCCGCUUAGGAACGGGUAUACACCCGAUGACAUGGUCUGGGAGGAGGCGGUGGCCGAGGUCGAAUACCUGAGCUACUACGGUCAUCAAUCUAAGAGGGAUGAGUGCGGAAGGAGGUACUGGCGUUUGUGA